AUGAAGAAGUUCGGUUUUGGCAAGAAGGGCGGCGACGACGGCGACGAUGCCAGCCGCUCUGCUCUCUUCGGUCGCAAGAGCAAGUCCCCCGCCCAAGGCAACGACAACCCUUACGCCCAAGUCCCCGCCGGCAACGACCCCUACGCCCAAGAUGGAAACAAGUUUGCCGGCAUGACGCCUUACCAGCAGGCGCGAGCGGGUGCACCCGGCGUCGGUGCCCCUGGGGGUCUCCCCGCCGGUCCUCGAGCCGGCGGCCCCUCCCCAGCUGCUGGCGGUUACGGUGCCGAGAAGUACGGGGCUGCAAGCGGCUACGGAGCGAACCGCUACGACAACAACCAAAAUGCUUACGGGUCGGGCCAGCGACCAGGCGCUGCUGCUGCCGGGGCUCGCGGGCCCGGUGGCUAUGGAGGACUGGGCCGGACCAACAGCAACGAUACCGACGCUGUGCGUGACGAGCUAUUUAGCGGUGCGCAAGACAGAUAUCAACAGAACAAGCCUCAGGCUGGGGGGUACGGCCAGUCUGCCGUCCCUGGCGAAGAUGGAGGAUAUGGCGGCUAUGGAGCUCCUCGUGAGCUCACAGCCGAGGAGCAGGAGGCAGAGGAAUACCGUGCUACCAAGCAGCAGAUCAACGAGGUUAGAGGAGAGUCGGUUCAGACCGUCAACAGAGCUCUGCAAGCCGCUAUGCAGGCGGAAGAGACCGGUCGAGCAACCCUCGCCCGAUUGGGCGCCCAAGGCGAACGCUUGCAUAACACUGAGAAGAACCUUGACAUGGCGACGAACCACAACAAGGUCGCAGAAGACCGAGCUAAAGAGCUCAAGACACUCAACAGGAGCAUGUUCGCCGUCCAUGUCAGCAACCCAUUCACAUCCAAGUCGCGUGCGGCAGAACGUGAUGCGGCAGUCCUCGAACGACACCGCGUUGAGCGUGAGACACGCGAAGCGACUCGACACGAGGCCUUCAAGACGAACCAACGAAUGGAGGAGACCUUCAAAGAGCUGACUCUUUCCGGUCGGCCGCAGGCCAAGACAAAGUCAAGCGUGGCUGAGCGAUCCAAAUAUACCCUCGAGGAUGAUAGCGAUGAAGAGGGCAAUGCACUUGCUCAGCGGCAAGAAGAUCAGAUUGAUGAUGGCCUUGAUCAGCUGAGUGGUGCUGUCGGACGUCUGAAUGGUCUCGCCAGGGCUCAGAUGAGGGAGGUUGACCAACAAAACGUUUUGAUCAACAAGAUUGGUCAGAAGAGUGAUGCUGUCGAUGAUGGAGUCAGAAUGAACAGAGAGCGCCUGAACCGCAUCAAGUAA